AUGCCCUCGUGGCGGCUGAGCUGGCUGACAGGGGCAGGGGGAGGCAUGCUGGUGCUGCAGGCGGCGGUGCUGACUUACCUCUCCCACCCUCGGCCUGCCAGCCUUCAUGGCUUGAACAGCAAGAUGAAAACUCGGCGCCAAAGUCGAGCAUGUAGCCUAGACGGCUCAGUGUACAGGUGCACGCAAGUAGCAGGGUUUAGCCUCAAAGGCUUCAAUGACCCAAGUCCGAGACUAGACUGUCUGACGGGCAAGGAAUCGUGGAGAAUAUGCAGCAACGGAGAGUUCUUGUGCUUGGAUCCGUCCUCGCGCUUGCUGUCUGCGUCUCAGGCGAAGGCGGCGAACGUCACGAGCAACUACUGCUACCUGGCAGGAGCAUGGUCCAUGUGCAGGCCUCUCGAGUACGCGCGAAGCAGGUAUCGUGACUGUCUGGACAGCUUCUUCUCGCACGGCAUCUGCACGCCAGGGGAAACUCUGUGUGAAUGGCGGGAGAUGAACGUAGGGGAGACCGAGUCGUUGAGAUCGAGAAUGCAGGUAGAGGAACCGAGCUCGCGAUGUCUCAGUCAGGCGCUGCCGCAAGGAGAGGUACAUGUCGUGGUCGCCAUGCGAGACGCGUCGCCGACGAUGAGGGUGGUGGAGGACGUCGGGCUGAUGGGGUUGACCAACAGCCUCGUGCUGCUCUACAGGCGAGCUGACGUGGGCUUGAACCUAGCAGGGAUGCUCUCGUCUCCUCUGGUCGCUGGCUUCCCAUGUGGCAUCACAGUGCAGGAGAAGCUUCUGGCGCCGAACAAGGGCAACGAGGCUGCAGUGUACCUGGCGUACAUGGUGGAGUACUACGACAAGCUUCCCUCCAUGACCGUCUUCCUACACGAUCAUGGACAUACAAGCUGGCACAGCCAGCUGAGGCCGGUUUUCAAGCGAUCUCGCGCGUUCUACCUCCUGGUCGCCUCGCGUCUGAGAGACAGAGAGAGCGGCGCGCUUGUGUAUCCGGAGAUUGCGAAGCUUGCGGCCUACUCGUCGCUCGUAGGCUUCAUAGAUGAGAAUCCGGUGACGUUGAACAGCUGCUACUGCCACGAGCUUCGUGAGCCGCUCUGCUUUGUCUCAUAUACAGUGAACGACUACGAGAGGGAGACGAACAGGUCGAUACACGACACAAAGAGCCAAGCAGUGCUUGAUAAAAUCUAUCGAGCUGUAAUCUCGCUGAGGGAGCGAUCGAAGCCGUGGGACAGGAGAGGUCGGCGACUGGUGUGGGAGGAGCCUCCAGAGGUAUUCCAGCAGUCAAAGAGGCUCUUUGAAAGCAUAGAAAGAAGGUUCGGACGAACAAAGAGCGGACCCUCGAUCCCGUUCGCGUCGUGCUGUGCGAUGUUCAUAGCGCAGAGCAAGCACAUCAGACGACAACCGAAGCAAUUCUACAAUGAGAGCUUGCGCGCGAUCCUGUCUACUCCUCUCCUCUCUUACCACACAGGUCGAUGGUUCGAGUUCCACUGGGACGACUUGUUCUUGGAUCCGUCGGGGGCAAGGGAUCCAGCGAGGAGAAGUCUUUACGUCGAUAUCGACGACGUGUACGCAGAAGUCUAUGGCGAGACCAACAGGCUCGCUGAUCUCCAGCAGCUCAUUGACUCGUAA